AUAGAAAAGGAUGAAUUAUUCAGUAGUCUGUUUACUGUUUGUAUUAGGGUGUUUGGCGAACUAAAGCUGUGUAAAUGUUCGAUCGUGUUAAAGCCUGCAGUCGCGGGUCAACUUUGUAAGUACCCGUAUCUUGUAAACAAAAUCUUUUGUCAGACAUACAACGUGCCAUGAUUGUAUGCAAGUGGAGAGUGUUAAGUUACUUCGGCACGAUCAAAUAACAAAAUGAGUGAUACAUUUUACUGAAUGUUAAUACUGAACGACUGGUCCACUUUUACUCUGGAAUGGUUUUGUUGUUAUGGAAGACUAAUUCCUGCUGUAGACGAUUAAAAUUGGAUUAAUAAAAGACGGAUUAACAAAGCACAUAUAUUGAUCGCAUGAUAUUGAAAGCAUGCAAAGCGCGUUGUUUUAAAUAGCCCCAAGUUUAUGGUGCACAUUUUAGUGAACUAUUCAUUUCAUUGGAGAUCUUUUUUUUUAUCUGCCGAACACAUGUGCUCUUUUUGAUACUUUUGCAAGAGACAGGAAAACAAGAAAAUAAACAUGGAUUUUUCAAAAUUCCGCCAAAGUGGGGACCUUUCUGAUCUUACGGUGACAGUAGAUGAGCAAGUUUUUAAGCUCCACAAAUUUCCGCUUUAUGCAAAAUCGGAGUACUUUUGCAAGCUUGCACAUAGUGCUGACGUCAAGAAAGUGGAAUUAGUUGGCUUUCCUGGGGGACCGGAAAUAUUCAGCAUCGUGGCUGACUUCUGCUACAACAUGAAGAUAGACCUUACCAAAAACAAUAUUGUGCAAGUUCGAUGCGCUGCAGAAUUCUUACAGAUGAAAGGUGAAGGCAAUUUGAUUGAUAUGGCUGAGAAAUUUUUCAAUGACACUAUCACGUCGACUAAAAUGAGUCGUUCUACGUCAUGUAUUGCGUCACUUCUUUUGUACGCAUCCGCAGUAGGAGAAUUAGCAAACGUUUCCGGUAUUGUUAAUGUCUGUUGCGAAGCUCUUAUUGAAUGCUGGCUAAAACCGCCAACAAAAUUUAAUUCACCGACAAAUAUUCUGAAGCAAUCGUCAGAACGACGCGAAGAUAAGACAAUCAUAGCUUUGUUGAGUCUUCCUUUGGACUGGUUCAUGAAGCUGGUCAUAGGAGCGCGUGACCGAGGAGUCCAGUCGACUUUGCUAGCAGAACUCUCUACGUCAUAUAUUUCAGUACUGAUCGAUCGCGAGGAAUCUGAUGAGAAAGGAGUUCAAAACACUGAAUCAGGGGAAGGCCCAGCCAAAUCCCCUCGUGGGAAAUCACCAAAGAAGAUAGAGAUAUCCAAAGCUCUGGACAAUAUCAUUACCGUCUUACCUGAAGAAUCUUUGUACAGUGAUGUUAUAACGAUUGAUUGGUUAACGAAGGUGAUAAGAGUUGCGACGUCACAUAAUUGCAAAUGUCGAAAACUUCUAGUCAAAUCUGCUGGAGAAUUAUUGAGUAAACUCUCUGCAGAAGAUCUCUGCAUUAUAUCGCCAUCUUUAUUACGAGAUAUAGUCCAAGAAUCGUGCAGUUCAGAAAAUGGUCAAAUUGAAAAGGCAUGUCGUAUAGUUGAUACGUACAUGUCUGAAAUGGUCCGAAAAGGGGUUCUCACAGCAGAAACGUUUAAACUGCUAGCAACUGUAGUGCCAAAGGAUGCUCGAAGCAAUCAUGAUCAAAUGUACAACAUACUGGAGUACGUUUUAACGACAGAAAGGGAAAAUUUAUCCCAGGAGCAACGACAGGAGCUUAUUGAAACUGUUAAUUUUACCCUCCUCAACGAGGAGACGCUUCAAAGUGCGCUGUCAUCGUCUGUGGUACCUGCAACCUAUGUGGCUAAAGGUGCCAUUGCUUUGUGCACCAGACUACGGACAGAUUUAGAAACAGCCCGAGCAACCUUGCAGCGCCAGGAUGACGAAAUCAAACGCCUUAAGACGGUCGUCAAACGUGGGAAGACAUUGGGUACGCCAAUUAUGACCAGCUCGACGUCUAGUCUGAGAGACACUUCCUUUGGCAGCGUCAACGGAGGUCGAGACCCUGAGCUAGAGUUACUAGAAUUACCAACGAAGGACCAAAAUGCCGACGUGAACACUGCCUACUGCACGAGCGAGGUCCUGUCGGCAGUCCGGAACAAGCUGGCAGCUUCCGCUUCCUCGCCGUACAACACCUUCCGGCCUCUCUCGCAGGAACACGACAUCAGUUACGAGGAAGAGUUAGAGUACAAACACGAUAGGGCCAUCAGACCUCUAGAACACUCCAGAACCAAAAGCAAACCCGUGUACGGGGCCAGUUAUAGGACUUACUCUGCUUAUACACACCGGUAUUAAAAUAAACAGGAUCCUUCGUUUCUUGAAAUGUCAUACGAUUCAAAAUAAUAUAUUAUGUAUAAAACAAUUUGGUAAAUUUAUAUACAUAUAUUUAUUGGGUCAUUUGGGGGUGUUUUACUUUUGAAUGACUAAAGGACCAUGUCUCGACUUCAUCGAUCUCUAAAAAUGUAUUGCUUUGGAAUAAAAUGUUUAUAAGAAUGUGUGAAAGUCUUCAAAAGCAAUUCACAUUAGCUAUGGCAUGUAAUGUAUGCACACGUUCUGUAUGGUAGAAAAUCUAUGGUUUACUAUAUAGAAUUGAUUGUAAAUCUUAAAGGGAAUAAAUAAGAUGUAUGUGCUAUUUUUGAAUUUUUAUAUUUAUGUAUUUUAUA